AUGGAGGAGAGGAAUGGCACCAACUCCACCAGGUUCCUGCGGCUGCCGGAGGGGACAAGUGCUGCCUGGUACAUCCUCACCAUCAUCGGCAUCUAUGGGGUGAUCAUCUUCUUCCGGUUAGCCAGCAACAUCCUCAAGAAGAAUGAUAGGUCCUUUGAAGAUAUUUAUUAUUCAAAUUUGACAUAUGAACUCAAAAAGAAAACAUUCGAGAGCAAGGUGGCCAAAUGCUCCUCGCUGACCCUUAGCAACACAGAUGUCCUGCAGCCCGGCCAGGCCAGCCUAGGGUCAAAGUGUGCAAAGAGUGGACCUCAAAUUGGAACCCAGGGAAUCCACUGA